AUGGCUCUAGUACCUGUCUCGACAAGAAAUCGUAUUAAUCCAAUACCACUGAUAAAUGUUCAACAACCAACAGGAUCGGAUCCUAUUUAUGAUCAAGUUGAACUCUGCAAUGAUCCAAAUUGUCCAGUAUGUCGAGCUCAACGACAUCAUACACAUCAUAAACGACAUAAUCAUCAUCAUCAUCGUCGUCAUCGAAAACAUAGGACACAUUUUUGGAAUAAUCUUUUCCCAAGAGCCGAAUCAGCAUCAUCGACUGUUACAAUUCAUAGUAUUGAAUUAAAUGAGCGACGUCCUCACUAUAAUUCGUAUGUAAAUGAACGGGCUAUUGUUCCUGUUAAUCAAACAGAACGACAAGUGGUAACAACAACAACAAGACCAAGACGUUUUGCAGAAGAUAAUUAUGUACGAGAGGCAUGGACAGAUGACCCAACGAAUGACGAUGAAAUUAUUUGUUGUCGAGCAAACAAUGGUUGCCGAUGUCCAUGUUGGUGUUGUAUUAUACCUAUUAUUAUUUUUGUUAUACUUAUCAUCGUUUUAAUUGUUCUUUUAGCUACACUUCUUUGA